AUACAAAGGUGUGUAACAGAAAGAAACAACGUGCAUAAAUCAUUUUCCCAACAAAAAAGCCUUUAUUUUUUAUGACAUCUGGAUGGUUUCAUAUACACGUGACCACCCUUGCAACUCACAACUGAACCCAAAAGGAUCAGCUGGAAGCUGAUCAUUCUCCCUUAACUAACACGUGAGGAGCAUCUUGACUACUUCAGAAUCUUACACUAUUUUUCAACCUCUGCAGCCUCACAUACUCUCACCUGCAUCUUCAUUUGCCAGACCAGUUCAAAAUUUUCAAUUUAAUUGAAAAGCGAAAAAAAAAACCUCGCUUUUAUAAAAAACCAAAUAGAGCACUGCUCAAUUUGCUACGUUGUUUCGGAGUCUCAAAACUUUCAAACAGAACGAAAAAUGCAAGCAGCAGCAAAUCCUAGAAACCUUCUGAUUGCCCUCUUGCUCGCCAUGCUCAUUUCUUCUCACUUGGUUCACUCUGGGUACUUCGCCAGCUCUCCAUCACCUUCGCCAGCUGUAGGAAAUCCAACGGCGAAUGAUCAUGAACCAUCUAAAGGGAAAGGGACUGUUAAAAGGUUAAGGAGAGGGUCAUUUCCGGCUACUUGUCGUUCAAAAUGUAACGAGUGCGAGCCUUGCAUGCCAGUUCUAGUAUCUGUCCGAGCAAUGGCAUUGGAAGAGAUUGAGUACUAUCCACAGGUUUGGAAAUGUGCCUGCGGUGAUAGCAUAUUUUCCCCUUAAGGCUGGCUAGAUUAACUUAACACUACUGCUGUACGUAAAUAGGCCUAGUUACUAGAAGUUUUCUCUAGAUUAAUACAAGUUAAGAUUCAUGCAGUGCACCUUAUGUGCAGAAGAAUUCUUGCACACAACAGAGGUAAUGAAACAUUUCUCUCACAGCAGAGAAAUGUGUUGUAAGAAAUUUUCACCGUAUAUGCAUGCUAUGCUACCAUUGUUCUCCAGUUGUUUUGUGUAAUGGGAUUGAGACAGAUGAAAUAUCCAAAUGGUUAUUGAAUGUAUUCGAAGGCUCAAAGUGAGGGAAUAUGAGCAUAAAGCGAAGGUUACAAAUCAGGAAAUCCUGAUUUGGAGGCUAAACGUCGAUGGCUGUCCACAUCUUUUCUUGUCUUAAACUUACAAUCGAGAGUAGUUUCAGCUGUAGGUGUUGAUUGAACACAUUGUUCGGUGCUCGACACAUGAACUUUCUACCACUACACAAAUAACUUGACCAAAUUUUGAAGGGCAUUUUGGUUAAAGAAGUAAACACCUUAAGGUCAUUUCUUCAUUUUUCCAACAGUACGUUUUCAGAGCUACUCAAAAUCACCUCCAAUCGGGAACUAAAUCAUCGCAAACCAAAGGGAAAAGAUAGGAAAUUGCGGAAGACAAUGAAAGACGGAUGGUAGCGAACCAAAUCAAUGCGAAGAAGAAGAUCAAACCGCUUAA